AUGUUUGGAAUGUUCGAGUUUGAAGUAUUUGAUUUAGAGUGGGUACUUAUUAAUUUCCCACGAACUUGUUUUGAAUUGUCUCACGAAGUAGAAGCGGCGUCACCGCGGUGGACGCGGCGCACGCGCACGGUGUACACCAGCAAUAGCGGCCGCGGUGGUGUGGCCGACGGCGUCGCGGUGGUGAUCGGCAACGACACCGCGGCCGGGCCCACGUCACCGCUGCUGCAGACGGCCACGCCGCCGACGCCGCCGCUGAUCGUCGGUCAAACAAACGUCACCGGCGGUGGCGGUAGCGGCGGCGGCGGCGGCGGAGGCGGUGAGGGCCCGUUGUACGACGGCUACUGGUGGUGGGCCCUGCUGGCCGUGUUCCUGGUGCUGGCCACGGCCGCCGGCAACAUACUCGUGUGCCUCGCCAUCGCGUGGGAACGCCGCCUGCAGAACGUCACCAAUUACUUCCUCAUGUCGCUGGCCGUCACCGAUCUCAUGGUCGCCGUGCUCGUCAUGCCCGUCGGCAUACUCACGCUGGUCAAAGGAGUGUUCCCGUUGGCCCCAGUGUAUUGUCUGGCGUGGAUAUGUUUGGACGUGUUGUUUUGUACCGCAAGUAUAAUGCACUUGUGCACGAUCAGCGUAGACCGGUACUUGAGCCUGAGAUAUCCGAUGAAAUUUGGUCGGAACAAAACGCGACGAAGGGUGAUUCUAAAGAUCGUGUUUGUGUGGUUGUUGUCGAUAGCGAUGAGUUUGCCCCUGAGCCUCAUGUACUCAAAAGAUUUCAAUUCGGUGCUAGUAAAUGGUUCUUGUCAAAUACCCGAUCCAUUGUAUAAACUAAUUGGAUCGAUAGUGAGUUUUUACAUUCCACUUGGCGUUAUGAUACUAACGUACACGCUGACCGUUCGACAUUUGGCUGCGAAGAGGCAAAAUUUACAAACAGGCUUCACGCAUAAUUCGAAUCAAAACAACACGAGGAGGAGUUGGCGGCGUAUGCUACGCCGGAACUAUCGGAGGACACGGUCGGACGAGACGGACGUUCGGUCGGCGAUUGGCGAAGAGCUGACCGGCGUGAUGGCGUCGUCAAUAGACGGCGGCGGCCGGAAGCAAAAGGGUCGCAGCGAUUCGACGGCCGGACCAAGCGCUAUGAAGACCGGUACCGGAAACGGUGCACCGUCAUCAGGUUCGCAAUCCACGGCCGCGGCUGAAGACGACAGCGGUGCCGCUGACAGCGUGGACAACAGUCCACGGUUCGGUCACCAUCAUAACCAUCAUCACCGUCACCAUCACCGGGCGGUGACGCCCAACACAAGUUGUCGGAGCACGCCGCGGCCCUUCCGGCACAACCCUUCGGUUGGGUCGACCGACACGGAAAUGACGUCGCUGGAUGCCCGCGAACUGUGGCUGCCCGACACCGAACCCACGCCGUCCACCAUGUCGGCACUACACCAGUUCGGCGCGGAAAUGCUGCGGCUGUCUCGGGGCCUGGAAAAAGUAGCCUCGCCCGAUUCCAAGCCCACAUCCCCCGACACGUCCAGGUCGGUGUUUAUCCGUCGUACUAUCGUUGUUAUAACCUAA